AUGGGUGACUAAGAGCCUCUAAAAAGCAAGGAAGAUUAUUUUAUAAAUCGUCUUGCUUGUUCAUUUAAUAUAAGAAAUUCAAUAUAAUAAGACAAAUUCAAGAAAUCUUUUGAAACAGAGGAUAAUAAGUAUUAUAUGGUUAAGAAUAAAUUAGAAUGGUGUUUGACAGAUUAAUGAAGGAUGAAAGUAAUAUGAUGGCUGUAUUUGCCAUACAAUCUGGAGCAGAGUCUGUUACAUUAUUUUCUGAUGUUCCUCAUCCAGACAAGUUUAGAAAGAAAGGACUAAUUGCCCUCAAAAUAUCAGAGAUUCCAUUGUCGGUAUAGAAUAUAACUCAGAAUAUAGUGUUUUUGGAAUUAACAAGAAAUGUAACAAUCUUAUAUUAUUUUAGAUUUUGGAGCAUUUGUAUUCAACAUUUUAUGAAAUAAUGAGUCCAAUUCUAUAGAAUCCAAGUAAUUAAUAAGGUUGGACAGAUUUGGUGGCUAAAGACUUAAUGGAGAAGUUUAAUGCAUAUGUUGCCUAAGUGUAUGUAAUGAUAGGUUAGAUUGAAGGAAGAACUAAAUUGGUAUAUAAUAAAAUUAUUUAAAAAGCCAAUUCCCUCACAUAAAUUAACACAAUCAGAUACAACACCAGCUAAAGAUAAGGCUCAUGUUUAUGAAAGUUCAAUAAUAACAUGGACUAAAUAAAUAAAGAAUGUAUUGAAGUUGGAACCAGAAUAAGCUUUAAAAAAUGGACAUAAUCCAGGACCUUUGGUAGAAUUGAAAUUUUGGGAAAAUAAAGCAGCCAAUCUUAAUAGUAUUAAGGAAUAACUGGAAGGACCAGAAGUUAUUAAGAUUUUAAGGUUUUUAGAAGUAAACAAAUCAACAUAUACAAAUCCAUUUUCAAAAUUAUAAAGAGAAGUAGCAAAGGCAAGAGAAGAAGCUAAUGAUAAUAAUAAAUUUUUAGACUUAUUGAAAGAUCCCUUCUAAAGACUUUAAGAUACAGGUGGAGACUUUUAAGCUUUACAUGAAUUAUUCAUACCAAUUAUGCAUAGAAUAUUAUUGAUUUGGAAGAAUUCUAAAUUUUAUAAUACUCCUCCAAGAUUAGUAGUUUUAAUUAGAGAAAUUUGCAAUGCCAUAAUAACUAAAGCUUAAGAUUUUGUUAAUGGACCAAUGAUUUUUUAGAUGAUUAGCUCAGAAGAGACAUUUGAAGCAUGUGAAAAAUUAUAAAUUACUAUUGAUGUUUGCACAAAGUUUAAAGAUGCAUAUUUUGAAUACAAAGCUAAAGCUGAAGGUCAUUGGAAAUUGACAACAAAUGCUUUAUUUGUUAGAUUGGAUUCAUUUUUAGAGAGAUGUCAUGAUAUUUUACAUUUAACUAAUACAAUAGUUUAAUUUAAUAAAUUAGCCAAAAUUGAUCUAGGUGGAACAAAGGGAAAAACAUUGACUGAAUCAGUUUAAUAAAUUUUUGUCGAAUUCUAGAAAGCAGUAGAAUAAUUCUAAUAAGUUAAAUAUGAUAUUAUGGAUAUUACAUAAAAAGAAUUUGAUGACAGUUUUUAUGAAUUUAGAUCAAAGAUAAAAGAAUUAGAAAGAAGAUUGGCUUCUGUAAUUACUUAAGGUUUUGAUGAUUAUGACACGUUACAUGGAAGAUUCAAAUUAUUAGAUAGUUUCGAAGGUUUGUUAUCUAGACCAAUAAUUUAAGAUGAAUUGGAAAAAAAACAUAUUGUUUUAUUAGAUAUGUACAAAUAAGACUUGAAAUAAGUACAACAAAUAUUUUUGGAAGGAUAUGAAUUAGUUGAUAAAUUACAUGAAAGAGCUCCAAUUUAUAAUAAUAUGCCUCCAAUAGCAGGAGCAUUGAUGUGGUGUAAAGGAUUGAGAGAUAGAAUAACUGAACCAUUAGAUAAAUUGGCUUAAUUAGGAUAAGGUAUAACAGAGAGAGAAGAAUAUAAGGAUGUAUUGAAAUUAUAUUAAUCAAUAACAAAAUAAAUAAAGGAUUAUGAAUAAACAAAGAUUUUGAGUUGGGAAUAAGAAGUUGGUAAAGUAUCAGAAGAAAAGUAAAAACAACCACUAUUAGCGAAAGAUGAGAAUGGAUUAUUAAGAGUUAAUUUUGAUCCUGCAUUAGUUAGAUUGUUACGAGAAGUCAAAUAUUUCACUUUGCUUGAAUAACCAGUUCCUGAGUCUGCUUCUGAAUUGUAUUCUAAGAAUGAUACUUUCAGAGAUUAUAUAGUGUAAUUGGAAAUGAUAGUUGAGAAUCAUAAUUUCAUUGUUACUUAAUUACAUCCAAUGGAAGAACCAUUAAUAAAAAAUAGAAUUGAAAAAAUGGAUGAAGUUCUUAAACCAGGAAUAGAACAUUAUAAAUGGAAAAGUAACGAUAUCAACAAGUUUAUUGAAACAGCUAAGGCUACUGUUGAUGAAUUACAUUAAAUUGUAUAAAAAAUGAAAGAAACAUUAAAAAAGAUAGAAUAAGCAUUGGAGAAAUUUAACACAAAAAUUAUAGAAAGAAAAAAUAAACCAAUGUCUCCUGAUGAUUAUGAUUAAUUCUUAAAAGCUGUUGUUUAAAAUAAGUUAUCUAUUGUUAAAGAAAAUGGUACUUCUAUUAAUAAACUUGUUAAAGAAGUACUUGAUUAAGUCAAAGUUGAUAAGAAAUAGUAAGCUUGGAUUAAUUAUCAAUAUUAUUUAAAUUCUAUUGUAAUUAAUGGUUUAGCAAGAGCUAUCAUCACUGCUUUAACACAUAUGAAUGAAUAAAUUAAUCCAUAAUAUAUUAAGAAGCAUGAGAUUGCUCCACUCUUUGAUAUAAAAUUAGAAUUAUUUAGAAAUGUUGGAAUUUAAUAUGAGCCAGAAAUUGAAGAAACUACACAAGGAUAAAGUGUACGUAAUACCAUAAGAGGAUGGGCUAAUGAUAUGUUUUAUAUUGCAGGUCAAUUUUAAAGAUUAGAUUCAGCUAAUCCUUUUGGUGAUUACUUACCUGAAAUUAGAGAAUAUUUUGAAAUCAAAGAAGUAGUCUAAGCAAUCAAUUAAAAUUUAGAUUAUAUUGAAGAAGAAACAAGAUCAUUUAAAUAAUCUUAUAUGACUUAUAGUUAUCUUUGGUUAGAAGAUCCUAAGUAAGCAUUCGAAGAUUUCAUGUUAAAGAAUGAACCUAAAGAUGCUCCUGAAGAUGAAGAUCAAUCUUAAAAUCCAUUAUUAUAAGGAUGUAGAAUCAAAAUACCAAAAUUAGAUUUAUUUGAUGAUAAAAUUACAACUUUGAAGAAUAUUUAAUAAGAAAUUAAUAGAAUCAUGACACCAUAUGAAAUAUCUUGGUUAAGAAUCAAUCUCUAACCAUUGAAAAGUGCUCUUGAAAAUAAGGUCAGUCAAUAAAUAAAAGUCUAUACCGAAUUUUUGGUUGUGUAAUUCAAGACUACUUUGAAAAAUCUAAAGGGGUUCAUCCAAAGAACAAAUGAUGGCAUCAAGGAAAAUCCAGCAAGUGAAGAAAAUGCUGGAAAUAGAGACUUGCUUAUGAAAGUUAUGAGAGUCAUAUCUGAUGUUAAAGAUGUAGAACACAAAUGUGAAGGAAUUGUUGUAAGAAUGAAAGAAAUGGUUAAUAAAUUAAAAAAACAUGGAGUUUAAAUUAUGGAAAAAGGAGAAGAAGAUCCAGUUUAAAGUAUUGAUAAUGCAUUUACUUAAUUUAAUGAAACAACUUAGAAAGUGUUUAAAAUUAAGGCUGAAAUCUUACCUCUUCAAACUUAAGAAACAAUUAAUAUAAAGAAGAAAUUAGAUGAAUUCUAAAAGAAAGUAUCAGACUUUAGAACUGACACAUUAAAUCAUCUACCUUACGGUUAUCAUGAUGAUAUGAAGAUGGAUUAAAUACUAUAUUCUUAUGUCACAAUCGAUGAAUACUAUAAAAAAUUAUUAUAAAUGGAAAAAGAAGCAGCAGAUUAUAAUUAAUUGGAAAAGUUGUUUGAAUUGGAAAAGAGUGCUUAUAAAUAAUUAAGAGAAACCAAUGUUGAUUUGAAAUCAUUAAAAAUAAUGUGGGACGCUAUUUCUAUGGUUAAUUAUCAAUAUAAUGAUUGGAAAUCAAAACCAUUCAGAUAAAUAAAGGCUGAUGUUUUAUUAGAAUCAAAUAAAGUCUUAGGAACUUAAUUGAAGAAUUUACCAAAAGAAGUUAAAAAUUUUAAAGGUUACAAUGCAAUUGUUGAUAAAGUCAAAAAUAUGUCAGUUGUAUUACCCUUAGUCUCAGCCUUACAUAGUGAAUUUAUGGAAGAUAGACAUUGGAGUUAAGUGAAAGAUAUGACUAAGAGUAAAUUUGAACAUAAAGCUAUGACUUUCUUAUUUGAUGAUAUUCUUGCAUUAUAAUUGUAUAAAUUUGAUGCCUAAAUAAAUGAAGUUGUAGAAGUCGCUUCAAAAGAAGCUAAAAUUGAAAAGAAAUUGAAAAUGAUUGAAACUGCUUGGUUGAAGUAGAUCUUUGAAUUUGAAGAUUAUAAAGAGACAAAGAUCUUUUUACCAUUAGAUAAUAUGAUGGAAAUGCUAGAUCAACACUCUCUUGAUUUGAUGGGUAUGAAAGGAUAAGGUAAAUAUGUUGAAUUCUUUUAUAACACUGUAGAAGAUUGGAGAGAAAAAUUAGGUAGAGUUGAUUCAGUUGUUGGUGAAUGGUUAAAAGUACAAAAGAAUUGGAAGACAUUGGUUAAUAUCUUUAUAGGAUCUGAAGAUAUUAGAAUGUAAUUACCAGAAGAUACUAAAGUAUUUGAAGCUGUUGAUAAAGAAUUCAGAGAACUUAUGACUGAAGUUGCUGCUAAUCCAUUAGUUAUUGAAGCAUGCAUUAAUGAAAGAAAAGAUUAAUUAGUUGCUAUGAGUGUUAAUAUUAAGAAAUGCGAAAAAGCUCUUAAUGAUUAUUUAGAAUAGAAAAAGAAAGCUUUCCCAAGAUUCUAUUUCUUAUCUAAUCAAUCUCUAUUAACUAUCUUAUCAAAUGGCUAAAAUCCACCUAAAGUUUGUGAAUUCUUAGGAGAUUGUUUUGAUGGAAUGAAAACCUUGAGUUUUGAACCAUAAAAAAAUCCUAAUGAUAUUCCAAGAAGCACCCACAGUAUGAUUUCUAAAGACGAUGAGAAAGUUCCAUUCUCAACUAAUUUUGAAUGUGUUGGAGCUGUUGAACAUUGGUUAUCAUCUUUAGAAUAUAAGAUGAGAGAAACACUUGAAGAAAUCUUAGAAAAAGCAAAAGAAACAUCUGAAAAUUGGGAAAGUGGAGAUAAUCCUAGAGAAGAUUGGGUUAAACAUUAUUGUGCUUAAAUUGCAUUAUUAACUACAUAAAUUGUAUGGACUGAAGAUGUUACUAGAGCAUUUGAAGAUUUAGCUGGUGGUGCUGAAACUGCUAUGAAAGAAUGUUUGAAAUUAAUUGAAGUUCGUAUUGACAAUUUGAUUAAAAAAGUUAGAGGUAAUCUAGAAAUUCUUGAACGUAUGAAAAUUAUUAAUAUCAUUACUAUUGAUGUCCAUUCCAGAGAUGUGGUUGAAAAAUUCUGUCUUUAAAAGACUUAAGAAUUAGAAUCAUUUGCUUGGUUAUCAUAAUUGAAAUUCUAUUGGGAUAAUAAGGAUAAUGAUAUGCAUUUAAGAUAAGCAUUGAGAUUCAAGUGGGAAAAAGAAAAGGACAAAUCAAAGUGUAUUAUUAGAAUUGUUGAUUGGUUCAGAUUCUAUUCAUAUGAAUAUGUUGGUAAUGCAUUAAGAUUGGUUAUUACUCCCUUAACAGAUAGAUGUUAUAUUACACUAACAUAAGCAUUGAAUUUAACUAUGGGUGGAGCACCUGCUGGUCCAGCUGGUACUGGAAAGACUGAAACAACAAAAGAUUUAGGAAGAGCAGUAGGAUUACCUGUCAUGGUGUUCAAUUGUUCAGAUCAGAUGGGUAAAGAUUCAAUGGCUCAAAUCUUUAUGGGUUUGUCUUAAUCAGGAGCAUGGGGAUGUUUUGAUGAGUUUAAUAGAAUAGCCAUAGAAGUGUUAUCAGUCAUAAGUACAUAAGUUAAAACAAUAUUGGAUGCAUUAAAAGAAAAGAAGCCAAAGUUGAUAUUUAUGGAAGAAGGAGAAAUAUCAAUAUAAGACACAGUAGGAUUUUUCAUUACAAUGAAUCCAGGAUAUGCUGGAAGAACAGAAUUACCAGAAAACUUGAAAGCCUUGUUUAGAUCAUGUGCAAUGGUUGUUCCAGAUUUAGUGUUAAUUUGUGAAAAUAUGUUAAUGUCAGAAGGUUUCUAAUAGGCAAGAGCAUUAAGUAGAAAAUUCGUAUCUUUGUAUAUGUUGUCAAGAGAAUUGUUAUCGAAAGCAAGACAUUAUGAUUGGGGUUUAAGAGCAGUAAAAUCAGUGUUAAGAUAAGCAGGUAAAUUAAAGAGAGCAGAUCCAUAGAUAGCAGAAGAUCCUUUAUUGAUGAGAGCUUUGAGAGAUUUCAAUAUGCCAAAGAUUGUAACAGAUGAUAAACCAAUAUUUUUGGGUUUGAUAGGAGAUUUAUUCCCAAGAAUAGAAUGUGAAAGUAAAACAAAUCCAGAAUUGAAGAGAGUAGUUGUAGAGACAACAAAAUAAGAUAUGGGAUUAGUAGCAGAGGAAAUGUUUGUUUUGAAAGUAGUUUAAUUAGCAGAAAUAUUAGAAGUUAGACAUUGUGUAUUUGUUAUAGGUCCACCAGGAUGUGGUAAAACAAGUGUUUGGAAAACAUUAGCAAGAACUCAUUAUAAUAGAGGUGAAGAUUUUGAAUUAGAUACAUUAAAUCCAAAAGCAGUUACAUCAGAUGAAUUAUUCGGUUGUUAUACAAAAACAAAGGAAUGGAAGAAUGGUGUGUUGAGUAUGAUUAUGAAGAAUUAAAAUAAAUGUGAAGAGAAAUAUAAACCUACUCAUUUACAUAAGUGGUCUAUAUUAGAUGGAGAUAUUGAUCCAGAAUGGAUUGAAUCAUUGAAUACAGUUAUGGAUGAUAAUAAAGUACUGACACUUGUUUCAAAUGAUAGAAUUCCUUUAACUCCUUCAAUGAGAUUAUUGUUUGAGGUUUCUAAUUUAAAGAAUGCCACUCCUGCAACAGUCUCUAGAGGUGGUGUAUUGUUUAUUAAUGAAACUGAUAUUGGUUGGAUGCCUUAUAUGAAUAGUUGGUUAGAAAGAUCAUUUGAAAAAUGUGUAGUUAAAAGAGAAGGUUUAAUGGGUUAAGUACCUCAUUCACCAUAAAUUGAUGAUAUUGCUAAAUCAGUUUUCUAUAGAUGUUUCUAAUAAUAUUUUGAAACCAAUCCAGAUAUUAGAGAUAAAAGUAAAGUUAGACUUAUUGUCCCAUAAGUUGAUAUUGCUUAAGUUAUGACUAUUUGUAUGAUCUUGGAUGCUUUACUUUUAGAAACUGAUUAUCAAAAAAUUGCAUAAAUGAAAGAGGAUGAUUAAAAAAUGAUUUAUGAAGCUUACUUUAUAUAUGCAGGUAUGUGGGCUAUUGGAGGUUGUUUUGGAGGAGGAUAAGAUGAUGAAAAAGAUAUGAAAGAUUUUAAUUCUGUUUGGAAAGCUGCUGCUAAAGUUAGAAUGCCAGAAUAAGGAAUGUGUUUUGAUUAUUAUUUUGAUUUUGCUGAAUAAAAAUGGACACAUUGGUAAGGAAAAGUUGUACCUUAUGUUGCAACUGAUGAAGCUAUCUUCUCUAAAAUUUAUGUUGGUACACUUCAUACUACUAGAUUAAGAACUCUUUUAGAUUUUCAUCUCAAAAGAAAGAAGUGUGUAUUAUUUGUUGGAUCUGCUGGUACUGGUAAAUCUGCUGUUAUUAAAGAUUAUUUGAGUUAAACUAAAACUGAUUAAGUCUCUUAUAAAACUAUCAACUUCUCAUCUUUCACUGAUUCAUUGGCUUUAUAAAAGAAUAUUGAAUCUAUGGUUGAAAAGAAAUCUGGUAGAACUUUUGGUAGUGCUACUGGUAAAGCUUUAAUUUGUUUCAUUGAUGAUAUGAACAUGCCCUAUGUUGAUAAAUAUGGUACAUAAUAACCUAUCUAAUUACUCAGAUAAGUUGUCGAUUAUGGAAGUGUUUUCAAUAGAGAAUAAUUAGAAGAAAGAAAAUUCCUUCAAGAUUUACUCUUCUUUAGUGCUUUGAAUCAAAAAUCAGGAUCUUUUACUAUCGAUCUAAGAUUAUAAAGGAAUUUCUCUGUCUUCACAAUGUACACACCUAAUGCUGAAAUUAUUAAAACUAUCUUUGGUGCCAUCUUAAAUAGUCAUUUAGCAACCUUUGAUGAUAAAAUUCAUAAAUUAUCUGAUAAAAUAAUUGAAGCAACAAUUCACUUAUUUAAUAAGGUUCUAAAAGAUACAAGAUAUUCUCCUUCAGCGAGAAAAUUCCACUAUCAAUUUAAUUUCAGAGAACUUGCUAAGGUUGUAGAAGGUUUAAUGAGAUCAACACCAAAUUAAUAUAGAGGACAACCAAAUAGAAUGCUUAGAUUAUGGGCACAUGAGGCUAAGAGAGUUUUUGAAGAUAGAUUCAUAAAUGAAGAAGAUAUAAAAGUGUUUAGAGAUUAUGUAAAGGAUGCAUUAGUAAAGAACAUUGGAGAGCCAGAUGAUAAGGACAAUCCAUUAGAAGAGCCAAAUGUAUUUACAACAUUUGUAGCAGCUCAUAUAGGUUAAGAAUAAUAAUACACAAAUUGUGAUGCUUAAACUUUAAAGAAGGUUUUAGAGGAUAAAUUGAGAGAAUAUAAUGAAGUGAAAGCAAUGAUGAAUUUGGUAUUAUUCUAGUAGGCUAUGGAACAUGUUUGUAGAAUAGCACGUAUAUUGGAAUUGCCAGGAGGUAAUGCAUUAUUGGUUGGUGUUGGUGGUUCUGGUAAAUAAUCAUUAACAAGAUUGGCUACAUUCAUUUUAGGAUAUGAGGCUGAUUAAAUGGUAGUUACUUCAAAUUUCACAAUAAAUGAUUUAAGAAAUUACUUAUAAGAAAUCUAUAAGAAAGUUGCAAAACCAAGUGCAGGAAGUAGAUGCUAUAUAUUGACAGAUUCUCAAAUAAAAGAGGAAAUCUUUUUGAUUCCAAUAAAUGAUAUGUUAAAUUCAGGAUGGAUAUUUGAUUUGUUCCCUAAAGAGGAUUAUGAUAAUAUGAUUUAAGGAUUAAGAAAUGAAGCAAAAGGUGCUGGUGUAUUAGAUAAUUUAGAAUCAAUAACUUAAUACUUUUUAGAUAAGAUGAGAAAGAAUCUUCAUGUAGUAUUGUGUUUCUCUCCAGUUGGUGAUACAAUGCGUAUUAGAUCACGUAAAUUCCCAGGUAUUAUUAAUUCAACAAGUGUUGAUUGGUUCCAUCCAUGGCCAAAAGAUGCUCUAAUUGAUGUGUCCUAUAGAUUUAUUUAAGAAGUAGAAUUAGACACAGAUGAUUUGAGAAAGAUUAUAUCACUUCAUAUGGCUGAAGUUCAUCUUUCAAUUGAUUAUGCUAAUUAGAAAUAUUUAUAAUUGGAAAGAAGAUACAACUAUACAACACCAAAAUCAUUCUUGGAAUUGAUUGAAUAUUAUAAGAAAUUAUUGGGUGAGAAACGAGAAUAGAUCUCUAAACAAAUCAAAAGAUAUGAAUAAGGUUUGUAAAUUUUGGCUGAUACACAAGGCAAAGUGUAAUUAUUAUAAGCUGAAUUGAAAAUUAAAAUGGUUGAGGUUGAUAAGAAGAAAAAUGAAACUGAUGUUUUAAUUGAAAAAGUAGGAAAAGAAUCUGCAGUUGCUGAAGUAGAAUAGAAAAUUGCCAAUGAAGAAGAAGAAAAAACUAAUGCAGCAUCAAAAGCAGCAGAAGAUUUAGCUGAAACUGCAAGAGUUGAAUUAGAAAAAGCAUUACCUGCCUUAGAAAAAGCUAAAGCAGCAGUUGAUUGUAUCAAGAAACCAUAAAUUACAGAAAUGAAAUCUUUAGGUUCACCUCCUACAGGUGUGUUGACAACUGCAAGAGCUGUUCUUAUAUUAUUAGGAGAGAAAAUCACUCUUUAAGAUCCUGAAGAUAAAUUAUGGAAGAAAUCAUAAUAAGUUAUGAACAAUCCUUAACAAUUCUUAGAUAGAAUAAUUAAUUUUAAUGGUAAAUCAAUUGAUCCAUAGAUUUUGGCAUCUGCUAAUAAAAUCAUUGAAGAUCCUGCUAUGAAAUUUAAUGAAGAAUCAAUGAAAGGGUAAAACUUUGCUGCUUCUAAAUUAUGUGCUUGGGCUGUAAAUAUUGUUACCUUUAACACAAUUUUCAAGUUGGUUGAUCCUCUUGAAAAAUCAAGAGAUGCUGCUAUGGCUGAUUUAGAAUAGAAGAAAAAGGAAUUAGCUGUUGUAAAAGAGAAAGUUAGAGCAUUGAAUGAAAAAGUCAAUAAAUUAAAGAGAGAUUUAGAGGAAGCUGAAAGAGUUAAAUAAUUGGUUGAAGCUGAUGCUAAUGCUUGUUUAGAGAAGUUAUCAGCUGCAGAGAAGCUAGUUAAUGGUUUAGCAGGAGAGAAUAAACGUUGGGGAGAAAAUGUUAAAGAAUUAUCUGGUAAUAUUAAAUCAGUUGUAGGAAAUGCAUUAUUAGCUGCUGCAUUUGUGUCAUACAUUGGAGCAUUCUCAGCUAAAUUAAGAUUAGAAUUAUGGUCUAAAAUUUGGUUAACCGAUUUAUAAGCCAAAUAGAUUCCUUUGACAUAAGGUAUAGAUCCACUCAAGAUUUUAACAACUGAAGCUAAAAUUGCUAGUUGGAAGAAUGAAGGAUUACAAUCAGAUCAAAUGUCUUUAGAGAAUGCUUCAAUUAUUAGUGCUUGUUCAAGAUGGCCACUUAUUAUAGAUCCAUAAUUAUAAGGUUCAGUAUGGAUUAGAGGAUCUUAAGGGGAUAAUUUAGUUACUAUUAAUGUCAGUUAGAAUAAAUGGUUAUAAUAAUUGAAUUCCUCAAUUCCUUUGGGUAAAGCAGUGUUAUUGGAAGGUAUUUAAUAAGAAAUUGAUGCUACACUUGAUCCUUUAUUAAGUAGAGCUAUAGUAAGAAAAGGAAAGAGUAUUUAUUUAGAAUUAGGAGGUGAAUAAAUUGAUUACGAUCCUAAAUUUAAAUUAUUUUUGAUGACUAAAUUGUAUAAUCCUCAUUUCAGACCUGAAAUUGCUGCUUAAUGUACAAUUAUUAACUUUAUUGUUACUGAAUCAGGUUUAGAAGAACAAUUACUUGCUGCAGUUGUGAAUAUUGAAAGAAAUGAAUUGGAAAUGAAGAGAUAAGAAUUGGUUAAAUAAUAAAAUGAAUUUUCAGUUCAAUUAGAUAAAUUAGAAGAAAAUCUUUUAAUAUAAUUAUCUGAAGCAGAUCCUUCAACUAUUUUAGAAAACAAGAGUUUGAUUGCUAAUUUAGAUAAUACUAAAUAAACAUCUAAUACAAUUACAGAAUAGAGUAAGAUUGCAAAAGUUACUGAAGUUGAAAUUAAUCAACAAAGAGAAAUAUAUAGAAUAGUGGCUGCAGAAGGUGCUAUGCUUUAUUUCUUGGUAAUUUAAUUAUGUGUUAUGGAACAUAUGUAUUAAUAUUCUUUGGAAUCAUUCAAUAAAUUCUUCUUUAAAGCUAUUGAAAGAACUACAAUAAGAGAUGAAACAAGAACAGAAGAAUUGAGAAAGAAUAUUAGAUAUACAAUUUAUUAAUGGAUAAGUAGAGGAUUAUUUGAAAAACAUAAAUUAAUCUUUUUAACAUUGAUAACAUUUAGAUUGAUGUAAAAGAAAGUAAUUGAAGUGGUAUAUGAGCCAGCUGAAAUGGAUUUCUUAAUAAAAUGUGUUCCUAGAGCAGGAGUAGAAAAUAAUUUAGAUUGGUUACCAAAUUAAGCAUGGGAUUCAGUACAAGGAAUGAUAUAAUUAGAAGAAUUUAAAUUAUUUGCAUAGAAUAUGGAGAAGGAUGCUCCAAUAAGAUUUAAAGAUUGGUAUAAUGAAUUAUAACCAGAAGAUGUAAAAUUACCAUUUGAUUGGAAAAGAUUGGAUUAAAUGCCAUUUAAGAAAUUAUUAGUUUUAAGAUGUUUAAGACCAGAUCGUAUUACAUCAGCAUUAACAAAUUUCAUUAGAUUUGCAUUACCAUAAGGAGAAUCUUUUGUUGAAAUGGAUUCAAAAUUGAAUUUCUCAGAUGUGCUAUCAGGAUCAGUAGAUGAUUCAGAUGCAACUAUUCCAAUAUUCUUUAUAUUAUCUCCAGGAGCCGAUCCUGUAAAGGAAGUUGAAAAAUUGGCAAGAUUAAAUAAGAUAGAGCCAGGAAAAUCAUUUUGGAAUAUCUCAUUAGGAUAAGGUUAAGAUGAAAUAGCUAGACGUAGAAUAGAAGAAGGUAAUAAAGAAGGACAUUGGGUAAUGUUAUAAAAUAUUCAUUUGAUGCCUAAAUGGUUAUUAGAAUUAGAGAAGAUCUUGGAUUCUUUCACUGGAGAACAAGGAGGUGGUAAUCCAAGAUUUAGACUAUUUUUAUCAGCUGAACCUUCUAGUGGAAUUCCUAUAGGAUUAUUAGAUAGAUCAAUUAAAUUAACAAAUGAACCACCUGCAGGUUUAAGAGCAAAUAUGAAGAGAGCUUGGGCUUAUUUCAGUAAAGAUGAAAUAGAAGAUAAAGAUCCAAAGAUUAAAUCAAUUUUGUUUGGUUUAUGUUUCUUCCAUUCUACUGUUAUUGAGAGAAGACGUUUUGGACCUAAAGGAUGGAAUAUGUCUUAUCCAUUCAAUAUGGGAGAUUUAAGAGAUUCAUAUUUGGUUAUGAAUAGAUAUAUGGAAUAAGGAGCAGGUGGUAAAGUACCAUUUGAUGAUUUAAGAUAUAUCUUUGGUGAAAUUAUGUAUGGUGGUCACAUUGUUGAUGAUUGGGAUAGAAGAUUAUGUAUGGGUUAUUUAGAUAAUAUCAUGCAUGAAGGAAUAUUUGAUGAAUUGGAAUUAUUCCCUUUUAUCGAAGGCAAAAAUUUAUCAUUUAAGGUUCCUCCACCAAAUAAUUAUGAGAAAUACAUAGAACAUAUUGAAUAAGUAUUAACUCAAGAAACUCCACUUGCUUAUGGAUUACAUUCAAAUGCAGAAAUAGGUUUUAGAACUCAAUAAUGUUUAACUCUUUUCUCAACACUUUUAGAAUUGUAACCUAAAGAUAGUGCUAAUGAAGAGAGUAGUAGUGGUGUAAGAUCAAAGAAUGAAAUUGUAUAAGAUCUUAUUAAAUAUUUGGCUGAAGAUGUUAACUUAAAAUCUAUGAUAUUUAAUAUUGAUGAAAUUAAGAAUAAGAUUGAUGCUGAAAAUAAAGGACCUUAUUAAAAUGUAUUCUUGUAAGAACUUGAAUAUAUGAAUUACUUAUUAAUUGAAAUUGUUAGAUCGAUGGAAGAAAUAGAUUAAGGUUUUAGAGGUAUUCUAACAANAGAUUUGCAUUACCAUAAGGAGAAUCUUUUGUUGAAAUGGAUUCAAAAUUGAAUUUCUCAGAUGUGCUAUCAGGAUCAGUAGAUGAUUCAGAUGCAACUAUUCCAAUAUUCUUUAUAUUAUCUCCAGGAGCCGAUCCUGUAAAGGAAGUUGAAAAAUUGGCAAGAUUAAAUAAGAUAGAGCCAGGAAAAUCAUUUUGGAAUAUCUCAUUAGGAUAAGGUUAAGAUGAAAUAGCUAGACGUAGAAUAGAAGAAGGUAAUAAAGAAGGACAUUGGGUAAUGUUAUAAAAUAUUCAUUUGAUGCCUAAAUGGUUAUUAGAAUUAGAGAAGAUCUUGGAUUCUUUCACAGGAGAAUAAGGAGGUGGUAAUCCAAGAUUUAGACUAUUUUUAUCAGCUGAACCUUCUAGUGGAAUUCCUAUAGGAUUAUUAGAUAGAUCAAUUAAAUUAACAAAUGAACCACCUGCAGGUUUAAGAGCAAAUAUGAAGAGAGCUUGGGCUUAUUUCAGUAAAGAUGAAAUAGAAGAUAAAGAUCCAAAGAUUAAAUCAAUUUUGUUUGGUUUAUGUUUCUUCCAUUCUACUGUUAUUGAGAGAAGACGUUUUGGACCUAAAGGAUGGAAUAUGUCUUAUCCAUUCAAUAUGGGAGAUUUAAGAGAUUCAUAUUUGGUUAUGAAUAGAUAUAUGGAAUAAGGAGCAGGUGGUAAAGUACCAUUUGAUGAUUUAAGAUAUAUCUUUGGUGAAAUUAUGUAUGGUGGUCACAUUGUUGAUGAUUGGGAUAGAAGAUUGUGUAUGGGUUAUUUAGAUAAUAUCAUGCAUGAAGGAAUAUUUGAUGAAUUGGAAUUAUUCCCUUUCAUUGAAGGUAAAAACUUAUCAUUUAAAGUUCCACCACCAAAUAAUUAUGAGAAAUAUAUAGAACAUAUUGAAUAAGUAUUAACAUAAGAAACUCCACUUGCUUAUGGAUUACAUUCAAAUGCAGAAAUAGGUUUCAGAACUCAACAGUGUUUAACUCUCUUCUCAACUCUCUUAGAAUUGUAACCUAAAGAUAGUGCUAAUGAAGAGAGUAGUAGUGGUGUAAGAUCAAAGAAUGAAAUUGUAUAAGAUCUUAUUAAAUAUUUGGCUGAAGAUGUUAACUUAAAAUCUAUGAUAUUUAAUAUUGAUGAGAUUAAGAAUAAGAUUGAUGCUGAAAAUAAAGGACCUUAUUAAAAUGUAUUCUUGUAGGAACUUGAAUAUAUGAAUUACUUAUUAAUUNAGAUUUGCAUUACCAUAAGGAGAAUCUUUUGUUGAAAUGGAUUCAAAAUUGAAUUUCUCAGAUGUGCUAUCAGGAUCAGUAGAUGAUUCAGAUGCAACUAUUCCAAUAUUCUUUAUAUUAUCUCCAGGAGCCGAUCCUGUAAAGGAAGUUGAAAAAUUGGCAAGAUUAAAUAAGAUAGAGCCAGGAAAAUCAUUUUGGAAUAUCUCAUUAGGAUAAGGUUAAGAUGAAAUAGCUAGACGUAGAAUAGAAGAAGGUAAUAAAGAAGGACAUUGGGUAAUGUUAUAAAAUAUUCAUUUGAUGCCUAAAUGGUUAUUAGAAUUAGAGAAGAUCUUGGAUUCUUUCACUGGAGAACAAGGAGGUGGUAAUCCAAGAUUUAGACUAUUUUUAUCAGCUGAACCUUCUAGUGGAAUUCCUAUAGGAUUAUUAGAUAGAUCAAUUAAAUUAACAAAUGAACCACCUGCAGGUUUAAGAGCAAAUAUGAAGAGAGCUUGGGCUUAUUUCAGUAAAGAUGAAAUAGAAGAUAAAGAUCCAAAGAUUAAAUCAAUUUUGUUUGGUUUAUGUUUCUUCCAUUCUACUGUUAUUGAGAGAAGACGUUUUGGACCUAAAGGAUGGAAUAUGUCUUAUCCAUUCAAUAUGGGAGAUUUAAGAGAUUCAUAUUUGGUUAUGAAUAGAUAUAUGGAAUAAGGAGCAGGUGGUAAAGUACCAUUUGAUGAUUUAAGAUAUAUCUUUGGUGAAAUUAUGUAUGGUGGUCACAUUGUUGAUGAUUGGGAUAGAAGAUUAUGUAUGGGUUAUUUAGAUAAUAUCAUGCAUGAAGGAAUAUUUGAUGAAUUGGAAUUAUUCCCUUUUAUCGAAGGCAAAAAUUUAUCAUUUAAGGUUCCUCCACCAAAUAAUUAUGAGAAAUACAUAGAACAUAUUGAAUAAGUAUUAACUCAAGAAACUCCACUUGCUUAUGGAUUACAUUCAAAUGCAGAAAUAGGUUUUAGAACUCAAUAAUGUUUAACUCUUUUCUCAACACUUUUAGAAUUGUAACCUAAAGAUAGUGCUAAUGAAGAGAGUAGUAGUGGUGUAAGAUCAAAGAAUGAAAUUGUAUAAGAUCUUAUUAAAUAUUUGGCUGAAGAUGUUAACUUAAAAUCUAUGAUAUUUAAUAUUGAUGAAAUUAAGAAUAAGAUAGAUGCUGAAAAUAAAGGACCUUAUUAAAAUGUAUUCUUGUAAGAACUUGAAUAUAUGAAUUACUUAUUAAUUGAAAUUGUUAGAUCGAUGGAAGAAAUAGAUUAAGGUUUUAGAGGUAUUCUAACAAUCUCUGAAUAAAUGGAAUAGAUUAUUGAUGCUAUUGCUUUGAAUAGAGUACCAACAGUUUGGGUAGCAUUAGCAUAUCCUUCUAAAAGAGGUUUAGCAUCAUGGUUAACUAAUCUUAUUAAGAGAAUUGAAUAAUUGAAUCUAUUUAGAGAUGAUCCUUAUGCUAUUCCCAAAGUUACUAUGAUUGGCAGAUUCUUUAAUCCUCAAUCAUUCUUAACAGCUAUUAAAUAGGUUAUAGGUAGAUAAAGAGCAUAAGAAUUGAAUAGAUUAUAUAUUGCUACUGAAGUUACUAAAAAGAGUAUAGAAGAAAUUGAUUAAACUGCUAAAGAUGGUGCAUAUGUCUUUGGAUUUGUAUUAGAAGGAGGUAUAUAUUUUAUUUCUAUCUUCUCUAGCUCGUUGGGAUGUAGUUACAGGUUAACUUGAAGAAUCUAGACCUAAAGAAAUGUUUAGUGUCUUACCUGUUGUUUAUUGUAAAGCACUUAUGGUACCUGCUGAAGGUAAAGAGGAUAAAGCUCUCUAUUAAUGUCCUUGCUAUAGAACUGAAGAUAGAGGUAAUACUUAUAUCUUUACUGGACAACUCAAAACUAGACUCAAUCCAAGAAAAUGGAUUUUAGCUGGAGUUGCACUUUUACUUGAUGUUGAAGGUGUCUCUGAUGAAGCUGCUGCUGCUAAAAAAGAAAAGAAAGCUUGAAAACUCA